AUGUCGGCCUCCAAAUCGCGCUGGGCAGACGACGACCCGGAGACAGAAGCGAUUAUCGCCCAGCGCAAACGUGAGAAGGAGGAGAAGCGACGCGCCAAGGCGGAAAAACAGCGCCAGCUCGACCAAGCUGCACCUACACAAUCUGCCAACGACGCCCAAACAGCCAAUGGGGACUCAGGUCCUCCAAAGAAGCGAAGGCGACUAUCGAAUGACCCCGACGGAAUUUCAUCGGCUGAGGAGGUUGCUCGGAGCGAGGAGCAGAAGAAGGUCUCGAGCCUGUUGAGGUUUCCGGUGCGAGAAUGGGGACCCUGCAGACACGUUGAUAACUUUGAGCGACUGAAUCAUAUCGAAGAGGGAUCUUAUGGAUGGGUCUCGCGUGCAAAGGACAUCACAACUGGGGAGAUCGUCGCCUUGAAGAAAUUGAAGAUCGAGAACUCGCCGGACGGGUUCCCAGUCACAGGGCUGCGGGAAAUUCAAACACUGUUGGAGGCGCGGCAUCAGAAUGUGGUCUACCUUCGAGAAGUGGUCAUGGGGAAUAAGAUGGAUGAUGUGUUCCUUGUUAUGGACUUCUUCGAACACGAUCUCAAAACCCUACUAGACGAAAUGCGGGAGCCAUUCCUCCCAUCCGAAACUAAGACGCUACUUUUGCAAGUCGUGGGUGGACUGGAAUUCCUCCACGCCAAAUGGAUUAUGCACCGCGAUCUCAAAACUUCCAACCUCCUCGUGAACAACCGCGGCGAGAUCAAACUUGCCGACUUCGGAAUGGCACGCUACUACGGCGACCCGCCACCGAAACUGACCCAGCUUGUCGUGACGCUGUGGUAUCGCGCGCCGGAGCUCCUACUAGGCGCAGACAAGUACGGAACAGAAAUCGACAUGUGGAGCAUCGGUUGUAUCUUCGGCGAACUACUCACGAAAGAACCAUUACUGCAGGGGAAAAAUGAAGUGGACCAAGUUUCCAAAAUCUUCGCAUUAACAGGCCCGCCCAAUUCACAAAUCUGGCCCGGUUUCCGCUCCUUACCAAAUGCGAAAUCCCUUCGUCUCCCUCCCUCGUCGACACCGUCCUCGUCCGGAAACAAACCGCCUCUUCUUCCUCGUUCCCGAUUCCCUUACCUCACCAACGCCGGUAUGCAUCUAUUGUCCGGCCUUUUGGCACUCAAUCCAGCUUCCCGUCCGUCCGCACAGGAGUGUCUUGCCCAUCCCUAUUUCAGGGAAGAUCCGCGCCCGAAACCGAAAGAGAUGUUUCCUACCUUUCCCUCAAAGGCUGGAAUGGAGAAGAGGCGGCGCCAUCAUACGCCCGCCGCCCCUCAGCGCGGACAGGAAGCACCCGAGCUGGACUUUGCUGGUGUUUUUGGAGGUGCUCCCGGUGGAGAUUCGGGCGAGGCUGGUGCCGGAUUCACGCUUCGCCUAGGAUAG